AUCAUGGAUGGCGAGCUCUCAGGUUUCGCCUGGCUCGCCCUGGCAUCCCAGACCCCAGACGACCAGCUGGAUUCAUGAGCCGCUUGCAGGGGCCGGGGCAGGGGCCUCUGGCUCCCAAAACUGGCCAAGAGGUGAUGAGUGAGGCCGGGAGAACACAAGAUUUAAAAAGCAACCGGGGCCUCCUCCGUAUUGAAUGAACGACCCAGAGCAAAGGCAUCACCAUGAACACGAGCAUUCCUUACCAGCAGAGUCCGUACAGUCCCCGGGGCAGCUCCAACGUCAUCCAGUGCUACCGCUGUGGAGACACCUGCAAAGGGGAGGUGGUCCGUGUCCACAACAACCACUUCCACAUCAGAUGCUUCACUUGUCAAGUAUGUGGAUGUGGCCUGGCCCAGUCGGGCUUCUUCUUCAAGAACCAGGAGUACAUCUGCACCCAGGACUACCAGCAGCUGUACGGCACCCGCUGUGACAGCUGCCGGGACUUCAUCACGGGUGAGGUCAUCUCUGCCCUGGGCCGCACCUACCACCCCAAGUGCUUCGUGUGCAGCUUGUGCAGGAAGCCCUUCCCUAUUGGAGAUAAGGUGACCUUCAGUGGCAAAGAAUGUGUAUGUCAGACGUGCUCCCAGUCAAUGACCAGCAGCAAGCCAAUCAAGAUCCGUGGACCAAGCCACUGUGCUGGGUGCAAAGAGGAGAUUAAACAUGGCCAGUCACUCCUGGCACUGGACAAGCAGUGGCACGUCAGCUGUUUCAAAUGCCAGACCUGUAGCGUCAUCCUCACUGGGGAAUACAUUAGCAAGGAUGGUGUUCCAUACUGCGAGUCUGACUACCACUCCCAGUUUGGCAUCAAAUGUGAGACUUGUGACCGGUACAUCAGUGGCAGGGUCUUGGAGGCAGGAGGGAAACACUACCAUCCUACCUGUGCCAGAUGUGUACGCUGCCACCAGAUGUUCACUGAAGGAGAGGAGAUGUAUCUCACAGGUUCUGAGGUUUGGCACCCGAUCUGCAAGCAGGCAGCCAGGGCAGAGAAGAAGCUCAAGCAUAGACGGACAUCGGAAACUUCCAUCUCACCCCCUGGAUCCAGCAUUGGGUCGCCGAAUCGAGUCAUCUGUGCUAAAGUGGAUAAUGAGAUCCUUAAUUACAAAGACCUGGCAGCUCUCCCCAAGGUUAAGUCCAUCUACGAGGUGCAACGCCCUGACCUCAUUUCCUGCGAGCCCCAUUCCAGAUACACCUCCGACGAGAUGCUGGAGAGAUGCGGUUACGGAGAGUCACUGGGAACAUUAUCUCCUUACUCCCAGGACAUCUAUGAGAACCUGGACCUCCGGCAGAGACGGGCCUCCAGCCCUGGAUACAUCGAUUCCCCCACCUACAGUCGGCAAGGCAUGUCUCCUACCUUCUCCCGCUCACCUCAUCAUUACUACCGCUCAGCUGGAGAAAGUAACAUCUACCGAAAACCCCCGAUCUACAAACGGCAUGGUGAUUUGUCUACAGCAACCAAGAGCAAAACGAGUGAAGACAUCAGCCAGGCCUCCAAGUAUAGUCCAGCCUACUCGCCAGACCCCUACUAUGCUUCAGAGUCCGAGUACUGGACCUACCAUGGGUCCCCCAAAGUGCCCCGAGCCAGAAGGUUCUCCUCUGGAGGAGAGGAAGAGGAUUUUGACCGCAGUAUGCACAAGCUCCAGAGUGGGAUUGGCCGGCUGAUUCUGAAGGAAGAGAUGAAGGCUCGGUCAAGCUCCUAUGCAGAUCCUUGGACCCCUCCCCGGAGCUCCACCAGCAGUCGGGAGGCCCUGCACACCACUGGCUAUGAGAUGUCCUUCAACGGCUCCUCUCGUUCACACUACCUGGCUGACAGUGAUCCCCUCAUCUCCAAAUCUGCCUCACUGCCUGCCUACAGGAGAAAUGGGCUACAUAGGACACCCAGCGCAGACCUCUUCCACUACGACAGCAUGAACGCAGUCAACUGGGGCAUGCGAGAGUACAAGAUCUAUCCAUAUGAGCUGCUGCUGGUGACCACAAGAGGAAGAAACCGACUGCCGAAGGAUGUGGACCGGACUCGCUUAGAGCGCCACCUGUCCCAGGAGGAGUUCUACCAGGUCUUCGGCAUGACCAUCUCCGAGUUCGAGAGGUUAGCCCUCUGGAAGAGGAACGAACUGAAGAAGCAAGCCCGGCUGUUCUAGGCGGAGGCUGUAUACAUAUAGAUGCAUUUAUAUAAAGAUGUAUGUAAAUCUC